UUUGUUUCCUCCCCAUUCUCGACUGAUUGAGUCAACGUCCCUAAUGCAUUGCUCGAGUAAGGGGCCAGUCCAGCAGGACGGUACCCAGGGACAUUUGUCGACCCAGUCUAUUUGCACAGACUCCAGCGAGCGGCAGGACCGCAAUCCAGUGUGGACCUUGUCAGGCACGACGAUGAAGGCCUACGUCGCCAUGAGAGGCCUUCCUGCCGUCGAAGAUCCUUUGGUGAAGUGGAUCGCCAACCUGGAAACAGACAAGCGAGUUGAGGGGAAGGUCACUAUGCUUGGUGAGAUUGAGAACUCAUUCAAAGAGCGCUUCGAUUGGAAGUCCCGUGGACCAGCGACGUACGACAACGAAGAGGCGCAGCGCAAGUCAACCUUCAUUUUUGACCGUCCCAUGGUCACUGGCUUCAGUCUUGCGCACCUGGAACUUUCAGAAGGCCUGGACACUGGCGGGUUGGACGACAUCUUCCGGGACAGCGAUUUUAUGGCAGAUGGGUGGAGGAAGUAUGCCGCCAGCGACGUCUCUGAAGAUGGCGAGGGUGAUCCAGCGGACGGUAGGAUUUCUCCAGCUACUUUCGCUCUAUGGUCUGAGGGCACGAAGAGGUGGGACGAACACGAGGAGAAGUACAGGUCAGCGUGGAAAGAGCGGAAGACCGAUGCCAUCCCUGACGGACGCCAACGACCUUGCUCCCCGAACACCGCCCUCCCACGAAAGAUGAAGCACCGCCAUAUGAAAAGCUUAUAUGAUGUGGAAGAUGGCAAGAAGCUGAGCCCCGAGUGCAGCGCUUACGCAAAGACUGAGCCGUCCAUUCUAUGGUCACCGCCUCCUAUGGACCCUUCCCUACCGCACGACUUCUACAACCAUAUCUUCGACCGCAUGGACCCAGAGCUCAUGCGCCUGGUUCGCAUGAACAACACCUCCACGGAGCCCUCCUGGGGCGUGAAGACAGCCUCGGAGCCCGAGCGCUACGAUCCCGCCGAGGUGGACGCCGCGAUCGAGAAGUACUGGGGCCUCGAGGCCACACAACACAUCCUCGCCAGCAGGAACGCCGAGGUCGCGCGGCUCGUGCAGACCGAGGAGCAGGCCAACGCGGAGGCGGAGCGGCUGCGGCACGAGGCGACGCGCCUCAAGCACGAGAACCGCAAGCUGGCCGACUGCUACGGCGAGCACCGCAGCACCCGCGACCGGCGUAUCAUGAAGCAGGUGCAGCGGCAGAUCCGCGAGCUCAACUACGUCGCCAAGGCCAAGAUGGCCGAGAUCAGGGCCCGCGUGCGUGACCGCGACGACCUGGCGCGCGAGAUCGAUGAGCAGCGGGAAGUGCAGCGGAGGCUGCUCUCGCUCAUGGGCAAGGAUACCCCCGAUGAGGUGUUUGCCAUGUACCCUGACAUCUGGGAGCCUGAGGAGAUCAGGAAGAACCGCCGGAAUUACUCGUGA